CACACCCACACACCCACACACAACUGCACGCUGGAGGAAAUAACAAGAGAAAACUCAUUCUGGAUCAGUCUUUUCUUACAACAACCAGAGGAAAAAUAAAUACAAAAUUCACAUUUCUUCUGCUCUGCUCUGUUGAACUGCAACAUUUAAUUUCAAGAUUGGAAUUAUCACCUUGGCAAGGGACUUCGAGAUCGUCUUUCAUUCGGGAACCUCGCUUAUUCUCGCUGUUGGGAAUUAUUAUUAUUAUUAUUAUUAUUAUUAUUAUUAUUUUCUUCUGUUUUGCAAACAGAAAUAACGUGGUUGAGAAGAAAAAGUAAAGUUAAAGAAGCUGUUCCAAAAGCCAAGUUCUAUCCCAAAACGGCCAUCCUCCUCUUGCCAUUCACAAAAGCUACCAGUCAUUCAAGAAAGGGCGUAUCUUACAAAUAAGGGACUAGUGUAUACUGUACUGAAAGAGAAAACACAAUCUAUAUUCAGUUGAGCUGGGAGUAACAGCACUGCCCAAGCCCUCUGUGACUUUAACUUAUUAUUAUUAGAGGUUGCAAAAUAAAUACAAAAAUGGGACGUCAGUCCCCUAUUAUAUUAUCCAUCCUCUGUGCCUUGAUAUGCCAGGGUUUUUGCUCUGGAGUUUUUGAGCUGAAGUUGCAAGAAUUUCUGAACAAGAAAGGUGUGAUGGGAAACAGGAACUGCUGUAAAGCUGGAUCUAAUACUGGACUGCUGCAGUGUGAAUGUAAAACAUUCUUCCGAAUCUGCUUGAAGCAUUACCAGACAACUGUUUCUCCAGAGCCCCCUUGUACAUACGGCAGUGCCGUGACUCCUGUGCUGGGCUCCAACUCCUUCCAAGUCCCCGAGUCAACUUCAGACAUAACCUUCACCAAUCCCACCAGAUUCGCUUUCGGGUUCACGUGGCCUGGAACAUUUUCUCUCAUCAUUGAAGCUCUGCACACAGAUUCUCCGGACGAUCUUUCAACAGAAAACCCCGAUCGCCUGAUCAGUCGCUUGGCUACUCAGAGACACCUCACUGUAGGAGAAGAGUGGUCCCAGGACAUUCACGUCGGCGGCACGACUGAUCUGAAAUACUCCUAUCGUUUCGUCUGUGAUGAACAUUACUAUGGCGAAGGUUGUUCUGUUUUUUGUCGCCCCCGGGACGAUGCCUUUGGUCACUUCACCUGUGGAGAACGUGGUGAGAAGGUCUGCAACUCUGGUUGGAAAGGACAAUACUGUACUGAAGCUAUCUGUCUCCCAGGAUGUGAUGAACAACAUGGAAUCUGUGACAAGCCUGGUGAAUGCAAAUGCCGAGUAGGAUGGCAAGGUCGUUACUGUGAUGAGUGCAUUCGUUACCCAGGCUGUCUGCAUGGUACCUGCCAUCAACCAUGGCAGUGCAACUGUCAAGAGGGCUGGGGUGGUCUCUUCUGUAACCAAGAUCUUAACUACUGCACACAUCACAAGCCCUGCAUGAAUGGAGCCACUUGCACCAACACUGGCCAGGGAAGUUACACCUGUUCUUGUAGUCCUGGAUACACUGGUGCCAGCUGUGAGAUUGAGGUCAAUGAAUGUGAUGAUAACCCUUGCAGGAACGGAGGAAGCUGCACUGAUCUGGAAAACAGCUUCACCUGCACCUGCCCACCUGGUUUCUAUGGCAAAAACUGCGAACUGAGUGCAAUGACCUGUGCUGACGGGCCCUGCUUCAAUGGUGGACGGUGUUCCGAUAACCCUGAAGGUGGAUAUGUCUGUCGCUGUCCAGUGGGCUACUCUGGCUUCAACUGUGAAAAGGAAAUUGACCACUGCAGCUCCAAUCCAUGUGCAAAUGAUGCUGAGUGUAUGGACCUCGGAAACAAGUAUAUUUGCCAGUGCCCAGAUGGUUUCACAGGAAUGCACUGCAAUGACAACAUUGAUGAAUGUGCUGCCUUCCCGUGUUUGAAUGGUGGAACCUGCCAGGAUGGUGUUAAUGACUAUACCUGCACCUGUCCUCUAGGAUAUAUUGGCAAGAACUGUAGUUCACCUGUCAGCAAAUGUGAGCACAACCCUUGCCACAAUGGGGCUACCUGCCAUGAGAGAAACAACCGAUAUGUCUGUGCUUGCAUCCAAGGGUAUGGUGGACUUAACUGCCAGUUCCUACUGCCUGAGCAGCCUGUUGAGGACCAAACUCAGAGGUACACGGAAGGCAAUGAUGGACAGUUUCCUUGGACUGCAGUUUGUGCUGGGAUUAUUAUGGUUCUUAUGCUGUUACUGGGAUGUGCUGUCUUUGUGGUGUUGCUCAGGGCUAAGAUGCAAAAGAGACGACACCAGCCGGAUAACUGCAAGGGCGAAAUGGAAACCAUGAACAACUUGACCGACUUUCAGCGAGAAAAGGACAUUUCAGUCAGUGUUAUUGGGGCUACCCAGAUUAAGAACACCAACAAGAAAGUAGACUUUCACUGUGAUAACAAUGGGGAGAAAAAUGGUUACAAAGUUAGAUACCCAUCCGUGGAUUACAAUCUUGUGCAUGAGUUAAAGCAUGAAGAUUUUGUCAAAGAAGAGCGUAAUAAAAGUGAUUCAAAGUGUGAUGCUUCUGAUUCUGAACUGGAGGAGAAAAAUGCAGUACAUUUAAAGAGUGAGUCUUCAGAAAGAAAACGGCCAGAAUCAGUGUACUCCCUGUCGAAAGACAAAAAGUACCAGUCUGUGUAUGUCAUAUCUGAAGAAAAAGAUGAAUGUAUAAUUGCAACUGAGGUGUGAAAGUGCCAUAGGAAAGCUGUUGGUCAUUUGUUUGAAGGAGGCAUUACUUCGAUGAAUGCUGCUCAAAUGGAGGAAAGGAUUCCUUCAGUGACUGCUGCUGUGAGACUAAAAAUAUACAGAAUGAGCUGGAUCUGUACUGAAGUUAGCACAGUGGUUGCAAAAAGUGAUAGACGUUUGGCCCCGAUGGCUUGCUCUCUCAAGGAUUCCUAUUUCCCAGGUCUGUGCUCCGUGACUGUGCUCAAUGAUGCCUGUUGCACUGCCGAUAGGACAUUUCCUCAUUGCACUAUGGACAGUUGCUUUUUUGUAUUUUACAUGAAUAGACUUGAUUACUGUGUAAGCAGUCUGCACUGCCUGCAGUGUACAUUUCAGAAUGUUCUGAGCCACAAAUAAACACUGCCUUCAAAAAGUUUUUUUAAAAUACUGUCAAAAUUGUGUGUUAUUUUUUUGAAGAUGUAAUUAUUUUUUGUUUUGUUUUUUUGACGCUAUCUAUCUAUUUUGUGAUCAUUUACUUUUUUAUAAUUUAUUUUUUGUAAAUAUGUACAAAGGCACUUCGGGUCUAUGUAAUUUUAUUUUUUGUACAUAAAUGUAUUUAUGAAUUAUUUUGCUAAAUGUUAUUUGAGUUGUUUUGUUAAUGAAGGAAAUCCUUUUUUUGUUAAAUAUGUUUCGAAAAUAAAUAAUAUGGUAUAAUCUUUAAAGAAUACAGGUUAACCAUUACCAGCGCUGCUUUAAAGUGGGGAACAAAAAGAGUCCCCAACUACUUACAGAUACAACAUCAAGGAGGAUUCAAAAUCUACUGUAUCUACAGUAUACAGGCUGCUUUGCUGAACCACCAGAAAUUACAAUUAGGGUUUGAUAACAUAAGUUAUCAAGCUGGAACUUAUGACAAUAUUUAACUUCAAGAGUGUAAAAGGGAUACAAAAUAUUUUAGCUUCUUUAGCAGAAAACGUUUAAUAUCGGCAUAUAUAGCAUUAGAAGGUGUCAGUCUAAGAUCAGUGAUAUCUGUGUUAUGGCCCUUGAAACAUAACGUGAAUAAUUAGCAACUGGUUGCCUGCUAGCUUCAGAGCUGUUAAUGCCCAGGCCUUUCCACAUGUGCUUACAGCUGCUGUAUGGUGGAUAUUGGACUGAUCUAAGGCUAUUCUAAGGAAUCCUCACAAUCCAAGUGCUUUUGAAAAGAGCUCCAGAAAAAAUAAUUAAAGGUUAAGUGGCAUUUUGUAAAUGGAUGAGUAUGGCUAAAGAGUUUUUAAAUCUGGGGUUCCAGCCGUGUAAAGCCCAUACUGAGCUGGUACCCUAUAAUAUACUAUAUAUUUGACUGUGUAAAUAUGUUCUGUAUGACUCUCCUGUAGUAAAGCUAUGAAUCCUGUACUUAUUGUGUUUCCUGUGUAAUUUAAUGCUACAAACACAUGGGCUGCCGUUACUCAAUCCUGUACGAUUAUACAAUUAUAGUUUAGCUUAUCAAACUGGAGCAAACACAUGUAUAUUUAUAUAAAAAUAUAUUUGCUAAAAUCUAAGGGCUGAAUUCUAAUAUUUUGGCCCUUUGGACACCCUUCUUUCGAUAAUUCAAUUUUACAAUAGGGGUUGUCUAUUGUCUGGUAUUUUAUUUCUGCAUUUUAUUUCUGCAUUUUAACAUUUUUCAAUUUAAAUUCUAUUACAUUACUUGUUUACCAUUUACAAAGUCAGUAUAUUGAAAUGAAACAUGUUUAUAGGUUGAAUUGUGUUGUUUAUUAUAUUUUAUUAAUGCACACUAUGCCAGUGAGUACAGUUUGACAAUUAUUUUUCAUACUUCUCCCAUUGUUGCAUUUGUCUGGUUAUCUGUUUAUAUUUGUAUUUAUCUUUAUAUAUCUAUUUGGUGCAGUAAUAGUGUUUGGAAAUUGUAACCAGUAACCUCCAAAACUGAUUUUCCAGACCAUAAACAGCACACAAUGGGAGCCACAGUUUAACAAGCUGAUAUAUUUGUCAAUAUUUUGGCAACCAGCAUUGUUUUCUUUUUUCUUCUUUACAGAAUAUUUGACUGUAGCUGUUUAGUGCAAGUUUGUGCAUGUUCUGUUAAAGUAUGUUGCCAUUAUUUCUUGGUACAUUUUAUUAAAUGCACAAAAAAGUAUAAAUAUUUGCCAUUAACUACUGUUCUUUGUACACAAUUAAUUUCCAUUUGAUGGUGUAAUUUGCCAAAAAUAUAAGGAUAAAAUCCCCCGAUUUUAAAAAGACACUCAUUGUCAUACAUAGCCCUUAAAAACAGUCUACACAAAGACAUGUUAACAUAAAAUGUCUUUAAUUUGGCCAUACACGUUUAUCCUAAAAACCCAAUAAAAUGAGAACACUAAUAAAUAAUGAAUCUAAACUUAUGUCUAAAAUGUUGAUGUUUCUAUUUACAUGUUGUUUUUUGUAUCUGGAACAAGGACAAGUCAGAAAAAAAUGCAUUUUACUGUUAGAAAAACAACACGGUUCUGGGGGACACUAUAGUUCCCCUUUAGUUAAUUUAUUUGCAAAAUCAAUAUAUAAUAUUAUUCAAUAGGCUUUAGGCUUUGCCCUAG